GUCUGCCCCGAAAUCUUGUUUAAGGAACGGUUCGUAUAUUUUUUCCUAGCUUACUACAAUCUGAUUCCAGCGUUCAAAUUCUAUAAGGAUUAGACGAUCAUACAAAUGUCCACUACAACGGCGCCAGCCAACAAGUUUAAAGUUCAAACUUUUGGUCGUAAGAAAACUUCGGUCGCUGUAGCAUUAUGUACACCAGGCGUCGGUAUGAUUCGCGUUAACGGAGUUCCUUUAGAAUUAGUUCAACCAGAAACCUUCCGUUUUAAAGUUUUUGAACCAUUGAUGAUUCUUGGAAAAGACAAAUUCAGUAAAAUCAAUAUGCGAAUCCGAGCUCGUGGGGGUGGUAUGACAGCACAAAUUUAUGCUAUUCGCCAAGCUAUUGCGAAAGGAGUUGUUGCUUAUUACCAAAAGACUUCAGACGAAACUACUAGAAGAGAAAUUCGCGAUUCACUUGUAGCUUACGACCGCUCUUUAGUUGUAGCGGAUCCGCGUAGAUGUGAGCCUAAAAAAUUCGGAGGUCGUGGAGCUCGCGCACGCUUCCAAAAAUCUUAUCGUUAAUUUUUGUUAUUGUUGUAAUAUAAAAGUCAUUGUACUGUAAUGUUUAUAUUUAUACGAAGAAAUUUUAUCAAAAAAUUUAGUCUUUUAAAUUUAAAAAAGAAAAAGUAUUACUAAUGUUAA